AUGAUAUUUAGCACUACAUUCUCCUUAUAUAUUCUAUUCAUAGCUGCUGUAGGGGGGCGCGUUAAAUACAACCGAAAGGAUGAAAAAAACUUGAGAUGUCUUACUGGAUAUAUGACAGAUUUACAAUCAUGGGUUGACGAAUAUGGUUCUCUCAUAAAUACAACUGAAACCGAUUCAUCUGGAAUAGAUUUAUCAGGCAGAAAUAAUGUCUUUGGACGGUUACAGCAUCAAUUAGAUAGAUUUAGUGCAGAUGCGCUGAGUGCAAAGUAUUUAAGCAUGGCCAGGUGUAGUCUUUUGAGAAUUCCUUCUAUAUUCAAAAUGGUAGAUAAAUUAGGCAGAAGUCUGUCUGAUACCCUUGAAUAUGCCUCGUUCUAUGGUAAUAAUUUUGGUAUGGUAUAUUCAGAUUCUGAUAUGUACGAUGUUAGACUUAACGCUACUGAGAGAAAUGAAAUAAAUGUUAGCCAAAAAUAUAUAAGAAAACAAUUAACCAUGUGGUCAGUGGGCUUCCAUGGCUUCACAUUUCCGAACCUUAAAGAAUUAGAUCUUAGAUCUUGUUCGAUACAAGCAAUAGGCAAUUACUCAUUCCAGAGAAUGCCACGAUUGCAGAGCUUGUUUCUUGGAGAAAACGAAAUACAUUAUAUAGAGGCGAACGUUUUUAAUGGUCUUACAUCUUUGAAACAUUUAGACUUGAGCAGAAAUUACGCAUAUGACGAAAAUGGUAUGUUGAAAGGUCUACAAAUCGAUUCACAGGAUAUUUUAGAAAAUAUAAAUUUGGAGUCACUAGAUUUAUCUUUGACCAACUUCGGUCAACGAAACGUUGAUGUAAUAAAAAGCAUAGAGCACAGUGUAAUUAGGAUGUCCUUAUGUUAUUCAGGCAUAUCGAGAAUUAGGGAAGAUGUUUUUAGUUUCAAACGGUUAAAAUAUUUGGACGUUUCUGGCAACAGAGAAAUAUGCUCUUUUAAUUUUUUGAGAAGUUUCGAGCAAACUUUAGAAGUAUUAUAUGCUGAAGACGUAGGCAUGAAAAAUAUGGAGGGUUUCAUCAAUUUUACAAAAUUAGAAAUUCUGAAAUUAACUAACAAUGAAAUAACACAGAUACCAAAACGCGUAGCGUAUACACUAAUAAAUCUGCAAAUACUCGACUUAGAUUCUAACAGACUUGGGACGUGGUUUUCCAAAACAUUGACCAGAAUGAACAAUUUGAAGCUUUUGUCGUUAAGAAAUAAUAAUAUUAAAAUAAUAACGGAAGAAAUGUUUUUCGACAUAGAAAAGUUAGCAUAUAUAAGUUUAUCUGGAAAUUCUCUAGUGUGCAACUGUUACGCUAAAGAAAUGUUCAAUGUCGGCCUAAACAGUGAAAUGAGAAGAAAAGAAAAAUUCAUAUCUCGCAUGACACCUGCCAAUCAUGAAUCUAUAUACUUUCACACCGGAUUUAUGGAUUAUAACGAUAUUAUAGAUAUACGUCAGAAUAUAUUAACUCAAUGUAAAAUGGUAAGAAAUUGUCAAAUCGAAUUGCCUUCAUAUGCGGGUAACUAUCUGUUCUUAGAUUAUGACGAUCUUAACACACAAUAUCUAUGUAUGUCGGCGGAUGAUGGAAAAUCUGAAGAAAUUUUUAGAAUUCCCAGCUGUUCGCGUAUCUCAAGAGAUUUAUUAUCACAGGAUAUAGAGGAUGAAUGGAAUAAAUUUUUGCUUUUCAUUAUACCUGUGGCAUUGUUGCCAAUGUUGUUAUUUGUUUACAUAUUCAGGAGGAAUUUCAAAUAUUUUUUCAUAACGUUAAGGAAUUCAGCAACACUGAGUUUAAUCAAUAAAAAUAGUACAUCCGCUGAGGGUGCAAUCUAUCAUUACGACGUUUUCGUCUCCUAUUGCAAUGAAGACAGAGCUUGGGUAUUGGAUCAACUUCUGCCACAUGUGGAAAGAGAUUGCAAUAUUAGCGUGUGCUUACAUGAGAGGGAUUUUCAGGUGGGGCUAUCGAUAUUAGAAAACAUUGUAUCGUGUAUGGACCGAUCGAGGUCCAUAAUGCUUAUCAUAUCUAAAAGAUUUCUGCUUAGCCAGUGGUGCCAGUUUGAGAUGCAUCUAGCACAGCAUAGGCUUUUAGAAACCCGUCGAGAAGAUCUUAUUUUAGUCCUGCUAGAAGAAAUACCAAGGCGUCUUCGCCCUAACACUUUACAUUACUUGAUGCUUACAAAAACCUAUAUAGUGUGGCCUAAAGAAGAAUCUGAACAAAGUGUGUUCUGGAGAAGAAUGAAGAAGAGUCUUGUUACACAAGUGUUAAAAUACCAGGAAAAUAUUUCUUUAGCA